CCAUGGAAGCGACCUCUGCUGCACAUUUUUCAAGCCUCCCUACUCCAUCCCGAAGGCUAGCUCAGAUGAGGCGGAGGAAGAAGAGGACACGAGAUGAAAUGUUCUCAGAAAUCAUGGAAGUAACCCGCAAUGAAAGAGCUCAUCUGAGGGAGUGGAAGGACGUGGUAGCAAAGUACAGGAAAGAGGCCAGUGAAUGUGAGGACAGGAGGGACAAACGUGAGGAUAGGAGGGACGAACGUGAGGAUAGGAGGGACGAACGUGAGGAUAGGAGAGACGCUCGAGAUGAGAGGUGUAGGCAGGAAGAUCAGCGGUGGCGGGAAGCAACGCUGGAGCUGCUGCGUGAUCAGACUGACAUCCUCCGACGUCUGGUGGAUCUUCAGGAGGAGCAGCGGUGA